UCCCGCAUUUGUUUAUUUAAAUUAAGCUUAGUUUGUUUUUACUUUAAUUUUAAUGGAAUUGCAUAGGCGGCUUUUUGGCGUAGAUAAACUUGUCCCGAAAUCUUUAAUAGAGAUCUCUGGACCCUCAAAUAGUGGUAAAACAUUGCUAGUUCAACAAUUAAUGGCACAUUACAUCUGUGACUUGAAUUGGGAAAUUCUAUUUCUAAAUCUCAGCCACAAGUUGCAAAUACACAAUUUUGCCAGAAUAAUCACAGAAAAAGCCUCAACAUCCAGCAAUGAGAAUCUGGAGAAACGUUUAAAUUCGGUGAAGCUAAUAAACUGCUUCAGCCCCAAAGAAUUGGACGAAUCUCUCGAGAUAAUUAAGUACAUGCUACUUGGUAACCGAAACAUUAAAUUAAUUGCGAUCGACACACUUUCCGAGUUCUUUUGGCUGGAUAUGGAACAAAGGACUACGAAAAUUAACAAAUUAAAAUAUUAUGUGAAGUAUGUGCAAUCAUUGGAGGCGAUAUGCCGAGAGGUCAAUGUCUGUGGCAUGUGGACAGUGGAUAACAAAUUUGUCUCACAGAUGCAAAAUGGAGCCAACGAUCCAUUUCGAAUAGAUCAUAAAUUGAGAUUUUCUAUUUUACCCCAAGGUGGAGUUGAAUUGAAUGGUCAAAGUGUUGAGCUAACUAACCAAGGAGUGAAAUUUAUUGAAGACGCUUAUUAGACACUGGUGUCUAAAUUUGUAUAUAAAAUGUUUUUAGUUGAUCAAAU